AUGAAUGUGUUUGGCUUAGAAGGUUUACGUAUGAAAAGGGAUGAUUUUAAGGGGUUUAUGUGGUGCUGUUUUGUUGUUGUUGAGUAUAUCAGUAUAUCAGUAUAUCAAUAUUCAGUAUAUGAGUUCAAUGGCCUGUUUUGUUGUUGUUGCUAUGCAAAUGCUGUGCUCCAAUGCCUUGCUUACACUCGACCCUUGACAAUGUAUCUCCUUCAAGGACUUCAUUCUAAAGAAUGCUGGAAGGAAAAAUGGUGUUUUGUUUGUGAGUUUGAACAUCUUAUGCUAAAGGGAAAGGAAGGUUACACUCCACUAUCCCCCAUUCGAAUCCUCUCUAACAUUACUCAUCUUGGUCAUGGAAGAGAAGAAGAUGCCCAUGAGUUUUUGAGGUAUGCUGUUGAUUCUAUGCAGUCGGUUUGUGUUGAGCUGGCUGGACUUGCAGGUUCAGUGGCUGAAGAAAGCACUCUCGUUGGCAUGACAUUUGUAGGCUAUCUUCAUUCUAAGAUAAGAUGCAUGAAGUGCCACUUUAAAUCAGAGAUAUAUGAAAGGAUGAUGGACCUCACUGUAGAGAUAGAGGGGGAUAUCAGGACUCUGAAACAAGCACUUAAAAGAUUUACGGCUUCUGAAAUGUUAGAAGGAGAUAACAAAUACUAUUGCAGCAAAUGUAAAUCUUAUGAGAAAGCUAAGAAGAAGUUGACUGUAUUUCAAGCACCAAACAUUCUUACAAUCAUGCUUAAGCGAUUUCAGGCGGAAAAUUUUACGAAGUUAAGAAAACCUGUUAAGUUUCCCGAAAUUCUGAACAUGACUCCUAAAAUGAGGCACUCAAGUGAUAAAGACCCUCAAUACUGGAACCUAUGUUUCACAACCAGAAACUUGUGCUAA